GAUUGGACAAUGGGGGCGACGUUAGAGGUGAAGGCACGGUGAUGCAUCUGACGUCAGUGAAGUACGAUCGAAUCGGUUUGCGUUUAUUCGGGAAGUUAACAUGUUUGUGUUGGUAACUGUCAGAACAGAUGAACGGCAUGCCAAGCAUUUACCGUCAGAAGUACUCCUCUUCAUUCAACCACUACCUACCAUGAAGGCAGCGUCCGCUUCUUUCUUACUUUUGGCAGCAGAAGCGACUGCCUUCUCAGCUCCAAAAGUAGGCGAUAAUGGAGUGCCGAAAUCUAUGCAAAACCCAGUGGAUAACGCCGGCCGGCGCCAGAUCCUAUCGUCACUCGUUGCAAGCGGUUUCAGUGGAAUGAUGGCAUUUUCGAAAGUCCAAUCGGCUAUCGCUGCCCCAGCUGCACAGGAUUCGCUAGAUGUUGAAAAUUUUCUUCGGACAGGAAUAGACCUCGGGGGAAAUAUGGGAGUUAGUAGCCAGGCUGGAAAAUCCAGACCCCAAACAGGCGUAGUUCUCCGAGACGGGAGCGAAGUGCAGCAGGACAGUGCCGGAAACGUACUAGCGGAGAUUUUAACGGGAAGCAAAGCAAAUCCCUACGCAGUUCUGGUGAGCUUUGGUAGUCCUUGGAAGCUUGAAACAGGACCUGUUUUUGAUAUUGAAUGCCGCGAUGCAAAAACUGGAGACGGGGCGUUUGUGGCCGUCACAAACAAUGUUUCAGGGAGAAAACUCGACGAUCUUCCGUCCUCUUUCUUUCUUGAUCGCCUCUUCGAAUCUACAGGUCGCUUUUCUUUUUAUGGCCCACCAACCGACGUCAAGAUUAGGAAGUCGGACACGAAUGGUAACUACCGCGUCAUCGAAGUCUCUUACAGCAACCUUUCCCAAUCAACCAAUGCUGAAAUUCCUCGUCGAGCAGUAUUAGUGGCGACAAUUCCAGCUGGAACAAACAAUGCGGUAAUGCUGGUUGGUAGUUCCACAGCUACCCGAUGGCGCAAAGGGUCGGAGGAAGAAGUCCGGAACACAAUUGCUUCCUUUCGUGCGAUUCCUGCACCCAAGUCGAACCUUAAAUUGCGUUCCAAGCCGCGUGGCGGCGAACCAAUUGAUUUCACUUAG